AUGUCUCAACUUGAACAUCACGUUAGAUCAUCUAUCGACAUCGAGAAACAAGUUGAGCCCGUCGUGCAUAAGCGCUUUGCGAGGCUCAGAUAUGGGUUGCUCAACACCUACCGGCGCUUGUUCGGUCUGGCAUUCAUGGGAAACCUCAUCGCAUUCAUCAUCGUCAUGGCCCGCGACCGAUUUCUUCUUGACUGCAUCAACGCUUGUGCAAUCAAUAUAUUGGUCUGCGGUCUUGCACGGCAACCUCUAGUUGUCAAUGCCCUAUUCGUGUCUCUCUGCGCUGUGCCCAGAUCGGCACCACUCAGACUCCGACAUUUAGCAUGCAAGAUUUUCCAUCUAGGAGGCGUUCACAGUGGAACUGGUGUAGCCUCAUGUGUGUGGUACAUCGGAUUUCUCGCAGUUUACACAUAUCAAUAUCAGCCUUCACCCGUGGCAACCGCGGUGCUAGUACUGGGAUACUUGAUUCUUGCUGUCCUAAUACUGACAGUUGGUGUAUCUACUCCAAAGUUUCGGAUGAUGCACCACGAUUGGUUUGAGUUGACACAUCGCUUCUCAAGCUGGGCUGUUCUGGCGCUGUUCUGGGCACUCCUCCUCACUUUCGCAUCUCAGCAGCAACCAUCUAUGGGCGGCUUCUUGGUGUCGCAACCGGCAUUUUGGGCUAUUAUCAUCGUUACGAUUGCCAUCAUCCAGCCAUGGGUAAUGCUUCGACGAGUGCAAGUGAUGGCUGAGCCUCUCUCGAAGCAUGCUAUCCGUCUACACUUCUCUCACACGUCUAUAAUGUACGGACAGGGCAUUUCGAUUUCGAAACACCCGCUCCGAGACUGGCACAGCUUUGCCACAAUUACGGACAGAUUCGAUACUCCGGAUACGAGGUUCUCUUGUCUCAUCUCAAAAGCCGGCGAUUGGACCUCCUCUAUCAUUUCACAGCCUGCGAACCGCGUGUGGGUUCGUGGCGUUCCGAUCUAUGGCUUUGGGUACGUGAUGCGUGUUUUCAGCCGCAUCAUUGUCGUCACAACUGGGUCAGGCAUUGGACCCUGCUUGUCGUUCAUCGAUGACGAUAAUAGGCCACAAAUGCGUGUGGUAUGGCAAACCAAGUCUCCAUUGCAGACAUACUCCCAAAGAACGAUCGAUCUAGUACACAAAAUGGACCCAGAUCCAUUGGUGAUCGACACAAACAUUUCAGGAAGGGUGGAUAUGCUACAAGAUGUACUGCGUCUACAUCAAGAGUUCAAGGCUGAAGCUGUCUGUGUUAUCAGCAACCCUAUGGUCACCAAAAAACUUGUCAAUGAUCUUGAGGAGCGCGGUGUAUAUGCAUAUGGCCCAAUUUUUGAUAGUUAG